UGCCCAUUAGAAGUAGCAGCUGAGUCGGGCGGCUGCGCUGCUGCUGCGGAGCAACGACCAUGUCCGAGCAGGAGUCCCUGCGGUGCUCCAGCGCUAGGAACCGAGGAGGCGUCCAGCGUGUCGAGGGGAAGCUCCGAGCGAGCGUAGAAAAGGGGGAUUAUUAUGAAGCACAUCAGAUGUACAGGACGUUAUUCUUUAGGUACAUGUCACAGGCGAAACACGCAGAGGCCAAGGAGCUCAUGUACAACGGGGCUCUGCUCUUCUUCAGCUAUAAUCAGCAAAACAGUGCGGCAGAUCUGUCUAUGCUUGUUUUGGAAGUGUUGGAGAAAUCAGAGUCAAAAGUGGAAGAAGACAUUUUGGAACAACUGGCUAAGCUGUUCAGUCUGAUGGAUCAGAACUCCCCAGAGAGGGUAGCCUUUGUGUCCAGAGCACUCAAAUGGUCCACAGGAGGCUCAGGCAAGUUGGGUCACCCCAAACUCCACCAGCUCCUGGCUGUCACUUUAUGGAAAGAGCAAAACUACAGUGAGUCUCGUUAUCACUUCUUGCAUUCGUCUGACGGGGAGGGGUGCGCCCUGAUGCUGGUGGAGUACUCCGCUUCAAGAGGCUUUCGCAGUGAGGUGGACAUGUUUGUGGCGCAGGCCGUCCUACAGUUCCUCUGCUUGAAGAAUAAAAGCAGUGCUUCAGUGGUGUUCAGCACGUACACAGAGAAACACCCGUCCAUAGAGAAAGGGCCCCCCUUUGUCCAGCCUCUACUAAACUUUAUCUGGUUUCUGCUGCUGGCAGUGGAAGGGGGUAAAUUAACAGUUUUCACAGUGUUAUGUGAGCAAUAUCAGCCUUCCCUGAAGAGGGACCCCAUGUAUAAUGAAUAUCUUGACAGAAUAGGACAGCUUUUUUUUGGAGUUCCACCAAAACAGUCCCCGUCAUAUGGUGGUUUGCUAGGGAACCUGCUGAACAGCCUGAUGGGUUCUGGAGAGGAAGAUGAUGUGGGUGAAGAAGCACAGGAAGACAGUAGCCCCAUAGAGUUGGACUGAGACCACAGCCCAGAACCACAAGAACAAAUAGACAUAAAUGAGUCGGGGACUUGUGCCUCUGUUUUACCUCUAGAACAUGUGGGCACAGGCUGAGGCUCGCAUAUACAGACAGGCUACUCCACUUCUCAAUGUCUCCACCAUCUGCUCCCCAAUCCCAACUACAAUCUGGUCCAAUAUCCAUCAGAGCACUGCCUGGACUUCGCUAAGCUACACGGCCAUUCUUCUGUUGUGUUCAGUGAGCCUGCUUUCUGCUCUAGCGGCUCCACUUUUGGAUUUAUACCAGGAGUUUUGCUGACCUGAGGCCGCACCCACCAGAGGAGUGGAAGAGCUUAGCGUGAUGACAGCGUUACUAUGGCGAUACUUGUAUAUGGUUUAACCCACAGCCACGUGAGCAACAUCAUUCCACCGUGUGCUGAAGGUGCUGUUGGACACUCUUUGUUUAAUUUCAGUAGUACUUAAACUAGGAAGCACUUCUUUGAUAUAGCAUAAGUUAUAACCAAACUUUUGCAUUUCUUUUCAUCCACUUUUCUACCUACCAUGAUAGCAAGUAGUAAUGUCAGCCUCGUAACCAUCUGUCUGUAAAUGUCUCUGCAGUUUAAUUCAAAGAUUGGGUCUAGUUUUGUUUUUUUUGUUUUUUUUUUUACAGCUGAGAAGUGACUAAAUGUAGCACUUAGUUUUAAGUUGCUGAUUGUUGCCUGUAGAUGCCUGUCAAUGUCCAGUCUAUUUAAACAAGUCAGGGCUGAUGUGGGCACUGUGAAGCGCUGUUGUUGUUGGAGUGAAUUGGACUUCUGCAUGUUAUAAAAGGAUUUAUUGCUUUGUA